AUGGAGAAGGAAUUGGCCCAAAGGCUUGAGCAAUUUCACAAAGACGCUGCAAAGACUGGAGAGGAGAUCGUCUUUCGGACGUUCCCUCAGAAGGCUGGCAAACUCCAGGUUCUCGAAUUGACGGAUUUUCUCAAGACUUUGAACGACCCUGCCUCACCUUUCCAUUUGUCGAACGCCCUCAAGACUUCCGAUCCUACCGUCUACCCUCCUUCAGAAUCUUUGCGACACGAUGGACCGUCUGGAAAGAAGCGCAAGUUGGAGGACUCGGAAGUCCCAAGUGGCCAAGGGCAAGCUGGUGCUGGUACCAGCCCGCGAUACCCGGACCAUGUGAAGGCAAACGACCACAUGACGAACAAGAUCUACAAUUUCGUGAAGAAAGAGUGCGAAGAACUAGCAGAUCUCACGGAUCAAGUGCGCCUAUGGGUUACUUUGACCUUGCCCAAAAUAGAAGAUGGUGACAACUUUGGUGUUCACGUCCAAGAGGAGGUACUCGGGGAGCUACAGCGUGCCCAGGAAUCGGCGCUUGCAAUCCGUGACCUACCACGGCAAGACCACCUCACGAGAGCGAAGAUCUGCUCUAAACUGAUCAAGUACCCGAACAUCGAGGACUAUGCUCUCGCGUUGAGGGAUCAUGACGAGAAACAGUUCUACUUCGCUCGCCAGCACCUAUAUGAUAUUAGAAACGUCUAUGCAUCCAUCACUGACAUGAUGCAGAAGAACAUAUCCAAGAUCCGAACUCCUAAGAGUAACAACCGCGCGGCAUUAUACUAA